AUUGUUGAAAAAUGCUCUUCUUCAAUCGCACGAGCAUUGGUAUGGCAAUCUAGGCCUGCAUUACCUCGUUUUCUGCACCUCCGUGCGACUCUAGCCAGCUUCAUGGGAACCACGGAGCUUGCUUAGGAAGUUAGUCUAGUGGUCGUGUUCUAAAUGAUUAUCAGAGCAUCGCAUUGUAGCGACGAUAGUGAAUCUGGCAUGUUGACUUCGACUGUGUACUAGUGUCUGAGCAAGGCAUCGCACUCGCCAGUGCGCCAUGGAUUCGCAUGUAGGCAAAGCUAGCUAACCCGCAACGAUUUCUGAGAGUCACAGUAAGCGAUUCACACCUGUUUAUUUUACGACCGACAGAUGCCUUGGUGGCUGUUGACGACCGUCAGUUACGUUAGUGCGUGUUGACGACCGUCAGUUACGUUAGUGCGUGUUGACGACCGUCAGUUACGUUAGUGCGUGUUGACGACCGUCAGUUACGUUAGUACGUGUUGACGACCGUCAGUUACGUUAGUGCGUGUUGACGACCGUUAGUUACGUUAGUGCGUGUUGACGACCGUCAGUUACGUCAGUGCGUGUUGACGACCGUCAGUUACGUUAGUGCGUGUUGACGACCGUCAGAUACGUCAAUGCGUGACGACUGCCUCCCUCCCAGCGCAUUAGGCGUCGCGCAUGUUGGUUGAAGGGCUGACGCGGAGGGAACGACUGCUCCAGCGGAGUGAUAUAACGAGACUCAAGGCAGCUAGGACCAAUCGUUAGGCGGCAGGGGGAAGCGGCCGGGCGCAAGGCGGGGAGAUGGGGACGGAGGGCGGCGGCAUGGUGCGCGCGGACCUGCUGGAUCUGAGCAGCAUGGACGCGCUCGACAAAUGCGCCGGUGCGGCGGCGGAAGGCCAGGCAGACGCGGGGACGGGGGGGAAAGCGGAGGGCGCGACGGGCAAGGCGGUCGCUAAGGUGGCGGAUGACAGCGGAGGCCCGCCGCCGUGGAACCUGGAUAUGAGCAAGGUGAUGUGCACGAACCAGCUGGCGGCGGGUGCGUUCGGGAAGGUGUUCCACGGGCUGCACGACGGCGACGACGUCGCCGUGAAGCUGCUCAACGUGCCGCCCGACAUGGCGCCCAAGGACCUCGAGGGGCUCAAGAGCUCGUUUCUGCAGGAGAUCGCCGUCUGGCACACGCUCUCGCACCCCAACGUCGUGCAGUUCAUCGGCGCGUCGCUCAACGCGGCCAACAUCCGCGCGCCCAGCGACGCGAAGCCGCCAGCGGGGCAGCCGCUGUGGGCGAUCGUGACGGAGUACAUGGGCGGCGGCACGCUGCGCGCGCACCUCUCGCGCCGGGGCAAGCUGCCGCCCAAGGAGAGCGUCCGCCUCGCGCUGCACAUCGCACGCGGGCUCUGCUACCUGCACGCGCGCGACGUGGUGCACCGCGACCUGAAGUCCGACAACCUGCUGCUGGACCACAAGGGCACCGUCAAGAUCGCGGACUUCGGCGUGGCGCGCACGGAGGCGAAGAACCCCAACGACAUGACCUGCGAGACUGGCACCGUGCGCUGGAUGGCGCCCGAGGUGAUCGACCACAAGCCGUACACGCGCAAGGUGGACGUGUACAGCUUCGGCAUCGUGCUGUGGGAGCUGGUCACCAGCGAGCUGCCGUUCAAGGGCCUGACCUUCAUCCAGCUCGCCUACAACGUCGUCAAUAAGAAUCUGCGGCCGGAGGUGCCGGCGGGGUGCGACCCCGAGUUGGCGCGGCUGAUGGUGGAGUGCUGGGCGGCGGAGGCGGAGAAGCGGCCCGAGUUCAGCGAGGUGGUGGCGCGGCUGGAGAAGCUGCAGCAGGGGCUGGGGGGCUCCAUGGAGGCCCAGGGUGGGUGCUGUGCCAUUCUCUGACCGUGCGGGGCCCCGCCGCAUGUCAUGUCAUGGUAACGCUGUCGUGCCGCCUGCUUCUGCUUCUGCUUCUGCUUCACUCAAAGUGCUCAUGUGCUCGUUCUGCCAUCAGCAUGGCCAUGUGAUGCCGUGUCGACAUCGUCGGUGGCAUGGCGGCUGAUGGGCAGCACUGUAGGGUGGUGUGGUGUGUGCAAGGGGGGCUGGGGUCACACGGGGUAUUUAACGUGUUUUGCUGCUCUCGCUUGGCCGUGGAAGCAGAGCAGUUUUCAGCUCAGCACCUGGCUGGCUGGCUGUGCCGUGUUGCAGUGGCGCCUUGCUGCACUGCUGUGCAAGCAGGGGGCAUCCAGCUUUCCUCUCGGAUGUUUCUUUCACUUGUUUCAUCAGAGUCUUGUUGUGUUUCUGGUGAGCCAAUAGUGAGUAACUUGUUUUGAGCUGCUGGAGCGGCUGCGAUGCACCCAGUGUCUAAGGCAUUUGCUGUUGAACCAUCCCCUGUGCCGCACCCCCCUCCAGAAGAGCCCUCCUGCACCAUCCUCUAGGGCAUGCACUGAGCCGCCAUAUUCUUGAAACACACGCCAUGCACAGACAGACCCAACCCAAGACACAAGGCACUGAACAAUGGAGUUACCAUAAGAUACUGAAGUGUAUGUGAUUUGUCCAUUGCAUUACAUGCAAUAACUGUCAAACAUGUGUAUUUGUCAUAUUUGUAUAGACUGUAUAGGGUCGCCUCUUAGAGGGUACAACACUUAGGUAUAGUUGUGUGUACUCUCAC